ACUUGUCAGCCGAGUGGUCUUGGCAACUGUCAUUUUAUUAUAAUAACACAACAUUCUCCAGAAAAAUUUUACAGUUUCGGAUUAAAUACAAAAAUUAACAUGGCAGAAGUAGCAGUAGAAGAAAGGCCGCCGACUAGAUUUUACUGCCACGUGUGCGAGGUGGAGUUUCAGAACACCACCUCGAACUUCACGUGCCCUCACUGCUCGGACGGAUUUAUCGAAGAACUGCAGGACAUCGCGGAAUCUAACAAUGCGCAGUCCUUGUCCGAUCUUAUGGACGUCCAAAACUGGGAGGACGAAGAUAUGGAUCAAGAUUCUGCGGGGGGCAAUUCAAUGAACGCGCUGCCCCGUUUGGGCAGAACCAGAGCUGAUACCAGACGGAUAAGACUUGGAGCCCGGCCCAGGACCUUAACGAGAUUGGCAUCUUCAAAUCUGAGACAGCAGGUACCAGUGGAAAAUUUAAUACAAGACUUUAUAAUAAACUUGGGCGUCGGAGUAAAUUGGGGCGAACCGGGCAAUGUACAGCUGUUUCUAGGCAAUCCCGGUGACUACGCCUGGGGCAGGGAAGGCUUGGACGCCAUUGUUACCCAACUCUUAAAUCAGAUGGACAGCACAGGUCCGCCUCCCGUUUCCAAAGCCGUGAUAGACGCGUUGGAAGUGGUGGAGGUCACGGAAGAACAAGUGACGGCCAAUCUGCAAUGUUCCGUUUGCUGGGAGCAUUUCUCAUUCAAAGAGGCCGUCAGGCAGUUGCCUUGCCAGCAUGUUUACCAUGAGAACUGCAUUCGGCCAUGGUUGGAAUUGCACGGGACAUGUCCCAUUUGUCGGCAGAAUUUGGGAAAUGACAACGGAGAGAUUGUCACAGGUCAGGAUCAGAGUGUGGAGCAAGCUACCGGCCAGGCUGCCAGCGUGCAAAACGUACUACGAACGAUAUUCGGCCCUUCGCCAAACGCGUCUCCGAUCCCGUCUAGUUCAAAUAGUAUGGACCAUUCCGGAACAACAAGCCAACCUAGGAGUCGAAGUGACUCGAUGAUGUAGGAUUAAAAAAUUUAACCGUAAAACUCUAGAUAUUUGUAUUUAAGGCUUCGCCGCUUUUGUUCAUAAAAAAAAACAAUUCAAGCUACACCAAACAAAAAUUCUCUUUUCCAACAGCGCCGCUACGCCCCAACAUGGCUUGCCAUUGAUUGGAUGAUUUUUUCAUAAUAUUCCUUAUUUCACUUCUGUAUUUUGUAGUUUGUGUUUGAAAAAAGGUUUUCCGUGCCUAGUUCCUCAAGUUAUCAAUUUCAACUGAAUUCGCGUAAAAAUAAUUUGCAAAAAGAAGUACUUAUCAGGAGCAAAUUGUUUGGUUGGGAGUUUAAGUUAUGCAAGUUAAGGUACUUGACUCAUUGAUACACCGAUAACAUUGCUUAUUUUAUUAUGGAACACAUCCAGGUCGCCUGAUUACCGAAAUUUCAAAAUUAAAAAAUCUAGUCGUCUGCGUUGAUAAACUUUUUACGACUUUAAGUGAGUUAACUAAAUAAAUGUUCU